CCCCUGCAACCCAUUGACAUUACAAAAUCGUUUCAUCAUACCUUCCCCCCCCCCCCCUUAUCAGAUCAAUCUAAUCAUCUGCCAAUGUGCUGCCGGCAGUCAUGGCGCUUGAAUCCCUCCCGACAGAGCUCCGCAUCCUCAUCCUCCAACAGCUCCCUGAUAUCCAAUCCCUCAAGUCCCUCGUCCAUGCUUCUCCCGUCUAUUACAACACAUAUGCGGCCUCGAAAAAGAGCUUACUCCAUGAGAUCCUCCAACGACAGUAUGGCCUCGUAGACUUAGCGGAGCCAAUGGCCGCCAUUCGCUCCCAUGGCCUUCACGCCGAUAUACCAGCCAACAAGUACGACAUUGUCAGCAUCCUAGACCGUCGCCGUCGUCACGACGAGUUACCGAUAUCCGAAAAUACUCCGGCAAACAUGGAGGAGUGUUUCCAGCUCUCCCAGCUCUACCGCCAACACGAGUACCUCCUCAACCUCUACUGCUCCCAAGCCUCCUGCCCACCCGGCGUGUCGCAAGAGACAUGGGAACAAAAUCGUCCUACAAAUCCCUCCAAGAUCGAAAGAGCCCGCAUCCUCCGCGCCCUCUGCCGUCUCCAAACCUACUGUAAUAUCUUCGGCGCCCGCGAAUGGAGCGAGCAGCACCAUGUUACCGCCGAGCCCUACUCCCCCUCGCAAUCCCGCUUCUUCAAGCGCCGAUCCUCCACCUGGUACCGGAACUUCGGCCUGCACGAGAUGUGGAGCCUAAUCUUCGGGACCAUGCCACCGUGGGAAGUCGAAGAAUUCGGCUGUCUCUGGGUCUUCCUCCAACAGCAAUACACGGAGAUCUUCUCCGAGAUCGCCCAGGAGUUCCCGCGGAACAGUCACGAAUGGCAAGCGCUGCGACCCACGGUCGACGGCAUGGAACUGUUCCCCAGCGUCGAUGGCGAUGGCAGCGACGGCAACGACUACAACGACUACCGCAACCACCUCGUCUCUCUGGGCCCAUCCUUCCUCUACAAAGUCCUCAACCAACCCUCCUACGAGGCCCGUCGCAACCUCAUUGCCUGCAACGCCGUCUCCUCCAAAUCAUCCUUCAUGAUCCUGGUCCAGGUUUCCCGCGACCCCCCAUCUCUCCUCCACCCAGCCGACAAGUACGAAACCGACGACAUCGCCCGCACCCUCCCCAGCAUGCCUGCCAUCGAACAACCAAACCACGGCUGGAAACACCAUUGGUUUGGCUACCGGCCUAUGCAAAGCGUGCGGGAAAUCGUCCGAACGGAAGUUUCCCAAGAACCGUGGGUUGAGCGUACCAUUGGGAAUUCCGCCGGUUGGAAAUCUGGAUACGCAAUCUGGGACGAGGAAAGAUAUACGACUGGUUAUCGCAUUUAAAUACUCCCCAGUAUUGAUGUUCUCGAGAAAGAAAAAAGAAAGACAAAGAAAAAGAAGGAAAAAUUAAUGCAUCAUCCGUGAAUCGAACACGGGCCUCAUCGAUGGCAACGAUGAAUUCUACCACUAGACCAAUGAUGCGACUGAGCUAUUGGCUCUUGAUGAAGAAAAAUCUGUCUUAAUUGCAUUUGUGGUGUUUUUGGAUUUCUGGGAUUGCAUACUGGUUUGGAAGCGUUGCAUUUUUAUAUCACAACCUGAUAAAAAGUUGUUGGUUUUUUUUUUUUGCAUGGGGGAUUUGCGAACGGUCUGGGAAUAUGGUAUUGAUGUGUGAAAACUCGUACGUAGUAUAUUAAAGGUAGAGAUAAGAAUGUAUCUCGUGUUGAGGAGCUGUGAUAAUAAUACCUAUAUGGCAUGGUAGGAGGAUGAUAAUAACCAUUUUUCGAUAACAAUGGAAGGAAGAGAACAACGUGAAAGAAUGAAAUAAAAAUUCCCGUUUUCUACGAGUUUACCAAGAGAGUGAGUGUUAUCUACUUACGUUAUAACUACACUAUCAAUGUACAAGUCUCGCAUCCCGAUUGGAUCCAAUCGCACUAGCAUCCACUGAGAACUAAAUAACCGGG